AUGGAUUAGAAGAAAAUUGAUCCUCUGAUUUUGGAAGCCUUGACCAAUCCAGACCCUGACAUUCAAUAUAUGAGAGCUGAAGAACUCACAAAUGAGUUGACAACAUAUUAUGGAAAACCAGAAUAAGGGAUGGAAGAUGAAAAGAAUCAAAAGUUAAUUAAUAAUUGCUAUAGAGUAUUUUAUUAGCAUUUAUCAUCUCAAUAUAGAGAAAUUCAAGGUAUUGGAAUCGAAUUAUUUAUAAUAGGAAAUGCAAUUAGAUAAUUUUAAAGAUUGGCUCCUUUGAUGAGAUCAAGGGAAGUAUCAUAUAUUUCUCUAGAAUUAUUGAAGUCGUCUAUAGAAGGAAUGAGUGAUGUAAGAGAAAAUUAUCACAUUUGCCUUCAAGAAAUAGUAGAAAAGAUUUCAAGUCAAGUUAUCAGCUUAGAAGAAGUUUAAGAAACAAUUAUAUAAAAAUUGGAUGAAUUGAAAGUAAAUGUUAAGAAGUUGUAGGUGUCAAAUUAAAUAGUCCAUCAAGAAAUCUAGAAAAAUGUUGAAAUAUAGGCUGAACUCCUUAAGAUUUUAAGUUUAAUAAUGUCUAGAUGGCCCAAAUUAUACUAUAAAGACUUUGGAGAUUUAUUAUUGGAUAAUAUCACAAACUCAAAUGAAUUGUCAAUAAGAAAAAAUUCAUGCGUAUGUCUCGGUCAUUUGGGAGCAUGCCUAAAUCAAGAAAGUCUAAAUCAUUUAAUCCAAUAAAAAAUACUUCCAUUUACAAAGGAAUUAAAAUUUGAUUAACAAAAUUUCACUAAAAUUCUUUACUUAAAUUAGAGUUUGAAUUAUUUAGCAAAGAGUUCUGGAAAAUAUUUUGAUAAAACCUUAGUGGAAUAGAUUUUUUAUAGAUACAUUUAGACACAAAAUGAACAUAGUAAAAUAGAUUUAGACAAUAUUAAUUAAUAUGCUGAGAUAUUAGAAAUUUAAUUGCUUACAAUAAAUUACUUACUAUCAAAUUAUUAUGCACGUUCAUUUGACCUCUAAUUAAUUGAGUAAAUAACACCUUUGAUUGAUUUUGAUCCCUUAGGAGUAGCAACAAUCGAAGAAGAAAAUGCAUAUGAAGAUGAUUAUUAUGCUGAUGAAACCUCUGAUUCAACAUGGAGAGUAAGAAGAUGUGCAUUAUAUACAUUCUAAGAGUUAUUGAAGAUUCAACCAUAACUCUAUAAACUAAUUCUGUCGGCUCUGUUUGGACCAAAUCAGAUCAUUAUGAAAAGGAUGAAUGAAAAAAAUCCAGAAAUUAAAUUAUCUAUUAUUUAAUUUUUGAUUGGUUUGGUUUAAGCAUCUGCUAUUAUAAAGGAGGAUAUAAAUAUAAUGGAAGUUGAAUAAUUAUCUUUGAUCAAGCAAAGAUCUAUCCCAGCCUCUAUCUCACUUAUUGAAUUGGUAGAAUAGUUAUUGGAAUAAAUUUAAUCUAUCUUUAAAGACUCUUAGGAACAAUAGUCUUUAAAAUCAGAAACCACAAAAUUAUUAUUAGCAAUUGGGCAAUAUUUCCACUCCCAAAUUUAGACAUCACAUUCAUGUUUUUCAAAAAUUGUUGAAAUCAUCAAUGAAUCAAUUACUGGUUCUUCUAUGCAUUAUUCUAAUGAAUAAAAACUUGCUUCUAUUUUAACAAUGAAAACUAUACUUAAAAUUACAGAGUCAGCAGAAUUUUAAGUGUAAAUUUUGCAGCAAAUGGUUUUGAUACUUCUUGAAGCAGUCAAUUAAAAGUAUAUCAGAAUUCAGGUUGAAGGUUAUAAUACCUUAGAAAAGAUAAUUGAAGUGUUUAAAUUGAACUUUGAAGAGGUAACAUUCUCAUAGUCUUUGGCAUAAAUCAAAUAAAAUCUGAUCACAAAAAUAUUGAUCGAUAAUUUAGAUCAAGAGAUCAAGUAAAGCUUAUUUUCACUUGCAGCUACACUCUUCAAAAACUUUGGAUCAAUAUUUUCAAAAGCAGAAGUUGAAUAAUUAGCUUAAAUCUCUUUGGUCAGAUUAUAAAUUGAAGCCCUAACUAACAAUAUCAUCAAUCUUGUCUAAUAUUUCAAAAAUCUAAAUGACCCUAAAGUGUUAAUUUCAAAUAUUGCUAAUUAACUUUAGAGAAAUGAUAAGGCUUAAACAUAUAAUACUUUAAUUCAGUUAAUCCAAAACAAUAAAGUUGAUCAAUAGUUAGCAGUUGAUAUCCUAAACAGGUUCAAAUAGAUCACAAUAGAAAACUAUGAUUUGUAAAUUUAGACUUUACAAGUAUUGAUUAAAGUUACAGGCAUCAAAUUACCUGAAUAACUUAUAAGGGAGUCAGUUAAAAUUGGAUUGUAUCAAACAAAAAUAAAGAGUGAAAUUGAAGAUUACUUCCAUUUAAUAAAUUAACCUUAGAUAAUUGAAUAGGAAGUUUCCAGACAACUAGGAAAGGAAGAAUUAUAUCCUGCUGGAUAAAUAUAUUGCUAGAUAUUAAAAAACGUUCCAGGCUCACUCAGUUCUUUAUAUUCUUCAAUAGGCACUAACAGAUAGUUAAAAUUAUCAACUUUAAGAUUCUUGCAUAAAUAUUAAAAAGACUAAAAAGCAAUAGAGAUUUUAUGCAAAUUAAUCAAGGAUAAUUAGGACUCUGAUUUAGCUGCUAUUGUAAUAGGAUCAGCUAUUUCUGAUAUUCAAUAAAUAUAAAAUUUGAUUGAAUAAAAUCCUAAUUAAUACUAGUUUUAUCAAGCAUUAAAGGAAUUCACAGAAAUUAAUACUAUUUCUAAUCCUGCAAAUAUUGCUAGUUAUAUUUUGAAUUAGGUUAAUGGAAAAGAUAAAACAAUAUCCACCAUAUGUGGUGACAUUUUGGGUGGUUUAGUAAAGUAGAAUUAUAAAUCUUUAGAACAAAUUUUGUUUGAGAGUCUUAAAAGUCCUUCUUAGAAUGUCAGAUUUUCUUGCAUUCAAAGUCUAAAAUAUUCCAAUCAAUGGGCCAGCAAAUCUUAAAUCCUAUUUGAGAUGUUGUAAAAUGAAAAGGACAUUCAAAUACUAACUGCAAUCAUCAAAGCACUCACCUAAAACAUAUAACAUAUUAAAUUAAUCAAUUUAACUUAAUAUUUAACAUUUACUUUAAGGAGAUAUGAGGAAAAAGAAUUAAAUUUUGGUAAUUUUGUUGAGAAAAGGGAUGAUGCUAAGGAUCUAAGAUCUCUGUCCUUUGAUUUAUUAGAAUUAUUCAUAGAUAAAUACAAUCUUGAAAUGAAACCAAUUUUAGUAGAAGUCUUUGAUAAAUUUGUUGAGGAUAAAUAUGACGAAACUAGAAUACCCAGAUUAAGAAUUAUCUAGAAGAUCGUUAAAAAGGAUCCUGUGAUAUUGGGUCAAUAUUAUGAAAUUUUAAUCAAAACUUUCGAACCUAUUCUUAAGACAUUGAUUUAAAAUUUACAAAAAUAAGAUUAAAAUUUAGAUAAAGAAAAAGAAAAAAUCAGAUUAAUAGUCUAGAUACUAUAAGGACUAAGGUAAAAUUCCAAAGAAGUAGAUGAAAUUUACAGAAAAUACGUAACUAAAUAAAUUUAGGAUUUUGUAUGCUAAUGAGAAUGAAAAUUUUAUUAAAAAAAAGCCAGUCAAAUAAGUUAUUUUAAUUAGUAAUA